CUAACUUCACGUCAGUGGGCCAACAAUCGCCAUGCGCAGGAGUCGCGCUAACGGGUGACAACUAUUAUCAAUACACAAUCGUAAAAAAAACGUUGUAACUUUUAAAUAAAACAAACCUUGACAUGUGAAUGUUACUCAUAUCUUUAAUACAAACUUUAACAAAGUGCCACGCGGACAGAAAAACAACGAAUUCACAAGUGCUUUGUGUUUAGAACAUGUUGUAAAUGCAAAAUGGAGGAUGUGUAUACAAUUAAAGUGAAAACUAAGCCCGACACCAGGAAUCUGUAUCCGUCUGAGAGGAGGUACUCAGCUUCCACCGUGUCUGGACUCGCUUGGGUGCAUAUUGCGUUGGCGUCUACGUCAUUUUUACUAGCUUGCCUCGCGUUGGUCAACCCGAACGCAGAUGAAGUCGAUCUCGAGAAAAACGUGACCAACUCCGACAACACAACAGAAAUAUUGGAAGAAACGACUAACAAUACGUACAUAUUAAUUCUUGCACCGUCUUUGAUAACAAUUUUCGCGUUAGCUGCGGGCAUUGCGUCCAUUUUCGCUUCCAUAAGAUGGUAUAUAGACAGAAACAUAACAUGGCUCUUCAUAAUGUCAACGAUAUCGACUUUAGUUUCAUUUGUUUCGUUUACAAUGGUAAUUGUAUGGUUAGUGUCGACCGAAGACGACAUAUCAGAGUUUUACAAAGACAAAAUACCUUUUAAAGACAUAUUUAUAAUCAAACACAGUGACAUUAUCGGGAGAAACGAAUCUCAUUUUGUGAUACCGCGGAAUUCUACUGAAGUCAAGGAGGAGGUUUCCAAACUGUUCACUAAACGUGUUCUAUCGAUUAAUAUAUUGAUCGCAGCGUUUUUAGAACUGUUGUGGUCAAUAUUGAGCGUCAAAAUAUCUUACAAAGGCAUGAGAAGCAAUUAUAAAGAGGAAAACGAUAGACGGGGCAACUGCAUAUCUGUUGUAACCACAAUAAAGGGUAACAACACAAAAAAGAGGCCGAUGAAAGGCAAAUUCAAUCCCAAACCGGAUUUAAUAGACCAGUACCCGAGCAGGAAGAUAAAAAAGAUAUUCCUGGCGCAGAACGACAACGGUUUCUAUUUGAAAAACCAGAACAACAAAAUGAAACAGAACACAGAGACAAGUUCGGAGUUCUACAAAGAACGGAUGUUGAAUUUCCUAAACAGAUGCGCUGAAGGGGUUUCUAACGCUGAAAUGAGAACCCCCAGCGUCCAAUCUGAAGCCGUACUUAACCCCAUCCCAGAAGUAGCCAGCGUCGAUAUUAACUUACAAGAAAGUAGUAGCAGCAAAACAGAAACGAAGGAAUCUAACAGAGUGACCCCCGUUAGUUGGGGGGAUACCCCAGAACACACGAUCUACAAUCAAAACACCUUGAAUUUCGAAAAAAUAUUCAGUUUUCGGAAGAAACUCGACGUGGAAACGGAAAAAGUCGACGAGGCGAGUGAAAAUGCACAGAACCAAUAACGCGUGACAGGAGGAGCGAAGAAAGUGAUCGUUUUUGCGUAAUUAUUAUCGAGCCGACACAGACUGCAAGAAAUGUAAAGACGAAAACAUGCACUUUUAAAACAAUUAAAAAUUGAUGUGAGCUGGCGUUACGUAGUUUUCAGUUGUAUCAUUUAUUUAUAUUGUAAUUACUCGUAACGGUUAUACUAAGCCGACAAUACAAUGUUUAAGUUAUAAGUAACGAUAAACCUGGCGACUUAAUGUGGAACUACGGCUAAGCCACGUAUAAUACAGUUUUUCAAACUAGGGAGGUACAGUGAGUUUGUCAUUCGUGGUUUUUACUCGUAGAUUUGCUCUCUAUUAUUUCAAUAAUUUCUAAUGUAUGUGAUACGAUAGUGAUACAAACUUUUUGUUACAACCUAUAAAAAGAGUCUAAAAAAAAGAGAUUGUUUAGUGAGUAAAAUCUAUAAACUAGUAAACUGAUUUUAAUCCUGUCCUAACAGGUAGAGUAACUAAGACUAGAACAAUAUAAUAGCGAGUGUCAUUGAAAUCAAGAACAAAAACAAUGGAGAAAAAACACAUUAUUCAACGCAGAUUAUAUAAAUUUUAAGCGCAGAUCAUCUUUAGUCGGAAUGAAUAUAGCAUUAGCAACGAACUUGUUGUGAUUCAAAUAAGGAUUUUAGAAACUAUUGUUAGAUUGCAGUCUUCAGAAAUAUAAUCGCUUGAGAAAUCUGCUUAUUUUUUGCUCCAUUGUAAGUUAUUUUGGUGGAAUAUCUAUAGAUUAAUAUUAUUUUAACUAUUGUAUAAAAUAUUGCAAACAAGUGCGACUUAGUCUGCUUAUACCAUUAUUUUCCUUAAGUCGACUUCAGUAAAUCAAAAAACUUGCUCCAAGCUUAGGUUUACCUGUCCUAAGCCGCAUUGAAAUAGGUUAUUGUGUUACUUAAUUUCAAAGCAAUAUCAAUAAGAGUGUUAACAUUGAUAUUUCGCGCCACGCAUAUGUGCGCCGGACAUUGGAGUUGUCUAUCAGUGUUCCACUAGUCUGUGUCUAUUAACGCCUGCAGAUUGCUGCAAGUUUAUGGACCAUAAAACAGACGGCGUAAUUGUUAUGUGUAUAAAAUUAUAUAUGUAUAAAAACGCUUCUCCUGUCAGUCUGGAUUUUUCAUUACUAAGCCUGCUGUAAAUAUAAGAAAAGCGAAAAAUUUACGACCUCUCUAGAGCCGUUGGUAAUGAUAUGGUUGGCAAGAGGCCCUGGGUUCGAUCCCUAGAUCCGGUCAAUUUAAGUUUUUUUUUAAUUUACUCAGGUUUAAUGUAGACUUCGGCCGUGGGUACCGAUAAAAUACCGUCGAUAAUAAUUUAAAGAUAAUGCCUACUUAACUAUUUUUUAUAUAAUAAUUAAUUUAAGUUGUAAAAUAUUAUAAUUAUGGCAUUUAUAUUUCAUACUUUUUGUAAUUUUAUUUUUUAUAAAAUUAUACCUACUGUACAAAAAUAA